AUGAAUAAUUUCAAGCUUUUUGAUAUUAAAAAAGAGAUUGGACCUUUUAUAAUAUACGACAAAGAUAUUUAGGAAUAAUCUAAAAUUUAUCUAUCAUAUGAUAAAGAAAACAAAAGAAAAUUUUGUGCUAAAAUUAUCAAUUAAGAAUAAAUGGAAAUUGAAGAAUAUCAAAAGCAAAUAAUUAUUCAUUAAAAAAUAUAAUAUAUCUACCAUGAGAACAUUUUAAGAAUCUAUCAAGUUAUUACACAAUAAAAUGUUACUUAUAUAUUUUAAGAAUUAUGUGAUUAAGAUUUAGCAUAAUAUAUGGAUAAUAAAUAACUACUAAAUAAAAAAUAAUUAGGGAAAAUAGAAAUUUUAGACUUUAUUUCAUAAAUUUCUAAUGGCUAUCAAGCUUUAAUAUAAAAUGCCAUUAUUCAUAGAGAUAUAAAACCUUAAAAUAUUCUUUUAAGUUAUGAUUUGGAAAAAAAUAAAAUCAUUUAUAAAGUAACAAUUAAAUUUAAUUUUAAGAUUUGUGAUUUUAACGUAAGCAAGACAGAAUUUAAAAACAGAUUGUAAACACCUUUUUAUAAAGGCACUUUUGCAUAUUUAGCACCAGAAGUUAUCUCUGAUUGCAAAAAUGCAAGCCAUGCUUCAGAUGCAUUUUCUGUAAGAAAUUUUUAUAACUAAAAAGUUUGGAUUAGUUUUAUUUGAAAUUUUGACAGAUUAAAAUAUUAAUGACAAUUUUAGAAAAAGUUUGCACCAAUUUUUAAAUAGUAAUGAUUUACAAGAUUGGUUUACAUAACCCAUAUAAGGCUAACAAAAAAAGAAUUAAAAUCUUGAACCCUUAAAUCAUUUAAAGUAAAUAGAUUACAGCAAUUUUUUUAUCUAAAUUUUGAAUGAUUUACUUCAGUAUUAACCAGAAAAAAGAAUAAAAUGGGGCUAAUUAAAAAUAAAGGUUGAUUAAGAAUUGAAAAAUUUGGAUAGUUCUAAAUAAUUUAAAACCCUUCCUGAUGUCAAGUAUUCAGAAAAAGUUUUUAAUCCUUAAAAUUCAAAAUUGGUUCAGUCAGAGAUUUAAAUAUGUAGUCCUCAAUUUUAAUAACAUCUUAUAAAAGUCCAAUAGUCCUCUGGCUUAAAGGCAUAAACUAAUUUUCUCAAUUUGAAUAAUAAUAGCCAGAUAUAAAAUUAAAUGGAACAAAAACCAUAGUAAAUCAUCUAAACAGGACUAUAACCUAAGAUGACUCUAAAUUAUUCCAGUUCAAAUCAAGUGCUUUCGAAUAUUAGAAAAAAUUGA